AUGGACGCAUUGUUGGAAGGGCUUAACGACGCGCAGAAGAGCGCGGUGACAAGUCCCGCCAAUGUUGUUCAAGUGCUCGCGCCGCCGGGGUCAGGCAAGACCAAAACACUUACAGCACGCGUCGCGUACCACAUCAAUCACGAGCGACUACAACCAUGGAACAUCAUCGUAUGCACGUUCACCAUCAAGGCCGCACGGGAGAUGAAGGAAAGAAUCAAGGGUUUUGUUGGAGAGAAACUUGAGGCGAAACUGAUUCUGGGUACCUUCCAUUCGGUCGCGCGUCGCUUCCUGUCUCGGUACGGUCAAGAGAUUGGGAUUGAUAAGAACUUUGGCAUCGCGGAUACUAGCGACAGCACAGCAAUAUUGAAGCGUAUCGUGACGCGCCAUCAGUACACAGUAGAGCCUGGCCAUGCUCGCUCCAGGAUCUCCAAGUUGAAAGCCAAGGGCGUCACGGCCGACGACUUUCGCAGAACAGCUAAGAAUGUCAACGAUAACGAGUUUGCUAUGGUAUAUUCGUCCUACCAGGAACACUUAGCCGCCUCAAAUCUCCUCGACUAUGACGACCUCCUCGUCCGCUGUGUGGAUCUGUUAAGAAAAUCACCAUCUUGUGUCUCGACGAUACAGGCUGUACUCAUUGACGAGUAUCAGGAUACCAACAACAUCCAGUAUGAGUUGAUGAGAUUGUUAUCUCAGAAAACAAGACGUAUUACCAUCGUCGGUGAUCCGGACCAGAGCAUAUACAGCUUCCGAUCAGCCGAGAUCAAGAAUUUGCUGCGGAUGCGCACUGAUUACCCAGAAUCAGUUGUGAUCAAUUUGGAGAACAACUAUCGAUCUUCGGGAUGCAUCCUAAGCUCCGCUAUGGCUGUCAUAGAGCAGGAUGAGAGUCGGCCACAGAAGUCGCUGAUUGCUACCCACGGUGUCGGCGAGCAACCCACUCUUCGCCAUCUUAUAUCGGCGAAUGUGGAGGCAAAAUGGAUCGUUGAAGAGAUACACCGGACCAAAACGCUUACAGCCGGGCUGUUGAGCUUCAAUGACUACGCUAUACUUGUGCGAUCGUCUCCACUCACACUACAGAUUGAGAGAGCGCUCGGACAAGCUGGAAUUCCGUAUCGCAUGGUCGCUGGCACGAAAUUCUUCGACCGUGCGGAAAUCAAAAUUAUCUUGGACUACCUCCGUGUGAUAAGCCAGCCUGAACACAACGAUGCGGUAGCGCGUGUCAUCAACGUACCUUCUCGGAAGGUCGGCGAUACUACUGUCAAGGCCCUUCUCGAAGAAGCAGAGAUCAGGAAAGUGACCUUGUGGAAGUUAGUGCUUGACGUGGCUCAAGGCAGAAGAAAGCCGGAAAGCAAAGUGUCCGCCCAGGCGCAGAAGGGUAUUGAGCAGUUCGUCAAUGUUAUCAUCACCUCUCGCGAGAAGCUUCUUCCUGCUAAAGGCGAAGACUGCAACCUGCUAGGUCUUAUAUCGCACGUCACAACCAAGAUUUCUUUCCAGUCCUAUCUCAAGCAGGCGCACAAAGAGAACUGGCAAGAUCGAUGGGCCAACGUGGAGGAGCUGGUGAAUCAGGCGACACAAAUGGCUACAGCAGUCGCCAAUGGAGAAGAGAUCUCUGACGACGCCUUGCCAGCAGUAGAAGGCAUCGAACAGCGGCACGACACUGCAGCUGAUAUCUUGUCCAAGUUUCUAGCCAAUGUCACCCUCUCGAGCGCGGCAGACCAGGAGGGCAGUGAACUAGACCAGGUCACCAUCUCCACCAUUCACGCAGCAAAGGGUCUUGAAUGGCCUGUGGUCUUCAUGCCUGCUGUUUACGACGGAUCCAUCCCCCAUUCCCGAGCGGACGAUCACGACGAAGAACGGCGCUUGCUAUAUGUUGGCAUGACUCGAGCACAAGGCUUACUGUACUUAAGUUGCCCAGUCAAACAGUCGGGCCAGGAGCAGACGACACUUUCGAGAUUCAUAUCGGAUCGGAAAAUCCAAAAGCUUUUCAGCAAUAGAGGGCCAGAUCUUGCAUUUAAGAGGAGUACCGUACCAGAGUUAGCCCGCAUCCUUCGCAGAGAAUGCCCAUCAUCUGAAGAUAUGAAGACAGCUCUCUGCUUGUUGGAACGUCCAGAGGAUGACCAGUACCCAACGACUCGGGAGGAGAUUGACGGAGAUGACCCAACAUGGGCCGCAUACGGUGGCAAAACCAACGGUGCUGGGCUAGACCAAUCUUUCAAGCGGCGUAAGUUGGAAUCGUCAAGCUCUCUGUCUAAAGACUCAGUAGCAUCUACGAUGAACCGAACGUCUGCUUUCUCGACAGCGACAACCACGAUGCAGAGUGUAAAAGCCGGGUUCACUAGCGCACGAGAUCUUGGAGACCUACAAGCAAUGCAAAGAGAAGCAGAGCGGAUUCGCACUCUAGCCAGUGCUCCAUACGUCGAGGCUGGUAGAGAAGUCUACAAGGAUGCGAAGAAGGCAGAAGCAAAGCCUGCGCGCGCAAAGGUUGUCAAGCCACGUGCAACUGGUCAAGGUUCCAUUACGAGUUUCUUCAAGCGAUCAAACAGCACGCUGUCUGAGGAAACCGAACCACCGCCAUCUUUCGACGCGCCGUCUUUACAACGCUCGCAGUCUUCGUUUGCAACCAAUACUCCACUCUACGAUAUCUCCAACACUCAGCCCGCUGUCUCACGUCCACCACGUCCAUUCCAGCCCCUUUCGAUACCCAGUCACAAAGUUACAACCCGACCUAUCCUCACCAAGCCAAAACGUGCGGAGCCAGAACCUGGGAUGGAGAGCACGCGGUACGUUCUUUUGUCCAGCUCACCGCCUAAACCUGAGGCGGAGAAUACAUACCAAGCAGAGAAAGAGCUCGGAGAACCGGCAAGUCCAAUGAAGCAAGCAUCGUCAUCUUUUAAUUCGGCAGCGGGUUUCCGUCCGGCGUCGACAUUUCAUACAACAUCAAUGAGUCAGGUACAAACCCAGUCGGCACAGAGGAAGACACUGGGCGCGAGGAGAAGCAUGCAGCCGUGGAGUGUAAAGCACAGUGCUAUGCCGAAGCCACGGUCAUCUUGA